UGCUCUUCUUCUCCUUUCUUCCCGCUGCAGCCACUCGAAAGAAAAAGAAAGAGAACCCAGCCAUGCCUUUGAGAAACUAGUGAGAAAGCUUGGAGAUUUCUCCUUCCUUCUUGCUCUAGAACACACCUAGAACCCAGAAAUCUUCCCUCCCCUGCUGGAAAAGCCGGAUCUGCCUUGCUCUGCUUCUCCUUCCGCCGGCUGCUCCUACUUUGUGGGGGUGAUUUGCUCCGAUUUUGGGAUUUCUUCUUCCAUGCCGUCGGCUCUUCCCCCAAACUGCAGCUCCAGUUCUUGCUGGAAAAUUCUGGUUCUGAUCGUUCUAUCAGUUAGCACUGAGAUUGAGUGCUCGAUUUUAUGGAGUGAGUGCUCGGUUUUAUGCGAGUGAGGUAAGUAAAUUUAUGGUAAUGCCCGUACUGUUUUAUAAGCAUGUUUUGAUUUGUUUUUGAAGUGGUGGCGGGACUAAACCCGUUUUACACAAGUAUGACUGAUUUGAAAUGAUAUUUUUAUGCUUUUCAUGAAAUUGAGCAUGCCUACUUGAAAUUUGAGUGACUGUCCUGAUGAUCUGAAAGUGAUUGUGAAUCGUGAUUUUCCUGUUAA